AUGUCCAAUUCCAGCCUCUCCAUAUCGUCCAAUCACAGCUCACUUUAUGGAAACCUGUACAGACCUGUGACAGUGUUCAGCGUCCUGAUCUUUACCCUGCUAGCCAUGCUGGUUUUGGCCACAUUCAUGUGGAACAUGCUGGUCCUCGUGACCAUCUUAAGGGUCCGCACUUUCCAUCGUGUUCCUCACAAUCUGGUGGCCUCCAUGGCCAUCUCAGAUGUCAUGGUAGCUGGACUGGUGAUGCCCCUGAGCCUCGUCCGGGAGCUGUAUGGCCGACGGUGGAUACUCGGGCGAGCUCUGUGUCAAAUGUGGAUCUCCUUUGAUGUUCUCUGCUGCACGGCCAGUAUCUGGAAUGUUACCGCCAUUGCACUUGAUCGCUACUGGUCCAUCACCCGUCACCUCGAAUACACUCUGAAGAGACGCAAGAGGAUCUCCAACGUGAUGAUCGGAUUAACAUGGAUGCUCUCCUCAAUCAUUUCCUUCUCACCGCAGUUCGGAUGGGGAGAGACAUACUCGGAAGAAGCGAUGGAGUGCCAGGUGAGCCAGGAGCCAUCCUACACCAUCUUCUCCACCUUUGGUGCUUUCUAUUUGCCGCUCAGUGUUGUGCUGUUCGUUUACUGGAAGAUCUAUAAAGCGGCCAAAUUUCGCAUCGGAUCCAAGAAGAACAAUACCGUUACUCCAGCUCCAGAGGCUGUCGAGUCAAAAGAGGCAACUCGGCAGCGUCCUCAGACGGCGUUUACGGUCCGUCGUGCCACUGUAACGUUCCAGACAGACAGCGAGACAUGGCGGGAGCAGAAGGAACGUCGUGCUGCACUGAUGGUCGGAAUCCUGAUCGGAGUUUUCGUCCUCUGCUGGAUUCCAUUCUUCCUGACUGAGCUGAUCACGCCACUCUUCUCAUGGCACAUACCACCCACCUGGAAGAGCGUCUUCCUCUGGCUCGGCUACUCCAACUCGUUCUUUAACCCGCUCAUCUACACGGCCUUUAACAAGAAUUACAACAGCGCCUUCAGGAACCUCUUCAACAAGCAGCGCUAA